UGAUCGAUUUGCUGAAUUAAAAGACAAAUUGUGAUGCACAAAAUUUAGUUAAGUUUCGGAACUCGGUCGUAAGUGAACAUACGUGAGCGUCCAAAAAGGAUAAUAAAGAAAAUAUAAAUCGGUGCUGUUUUAGUUAUAUCCUGUGAACAAAAAAUUACAUAUAUUUAAAGAAAAUAGUCCUUUUAAGGAUAACCUUAAAAACAAAACAAAAAUAAUUGUUUCCCUUAUCCUUAAAAACCGAAAAUUUGAAUUUGAAAUUAAUAUUCGUGUCAACAGCAAGUGUUUGUUGUGCCAAAAUGACCAGUGAACAUGCAAUUUCCUACGAUGAUUUGGAAAGGCGCCGCCAAAAAGUUGCUGCCGCACGUAAACCCUCCACUCCGCAGCCAAUUGAAACGGAAUCGGAAGCCAUGCAAGCGAUUAAUGAAAUAUUUAAUCCCACACUAAAAAUACCAGUAAGCUCGGGUCCCUAUCGGCCACCAGAGGAAAUGUCUCCAGAGGAUUUUGAUGCAGAACGAGAUUUAGACAUACGAAAAUUGGCCGAAUUAAAAGAAGUAUUUUUAUUAUUCGAUACCGAUUGCGAUGGUUUGAUAUCAAAGGAUGAUCUACGUUUCACAUUUGGAGCCUUGGGUUGUGAAUCGACCGAGGAGUUAUUGGAGGAAAUGCUAAAAGAGGCUAAAGACCCUCUAAAUUUGGACUCCUUUGUAGAACUGAUGAGUUUUCGAACAGUCGAGCUAGAUCCCGAAGAUGUGCUUCUGGAGGCAUGGAGUAAAUGGGAUUUAUAUGGGACUGGAAAAAUUGAAGAAAAAAGAAUGUUUGAAGAAUUGACAAGUUAUGGAGAUCGUCUCUCCGAUUCAGAAGCCAAAGCAGCUCUGAAACAUGCUCCAUUGGCCAAGCCCAAAAACUUAGAAGAUCCUCCCAUGAUUGAUUAUCCGGCUUUCUGUCAUUUGUUAUGUGGUGUGAGGAAACGUAAAGAUAUGCCAGAAGGGGAAGAGAAUUGAAAGAAAAUAUAUAUUUCUAAAUUUGUUACGUAUUAUUU